CCAGGAAGUUAUUUUGAGAUCUUUAAAUAAAAAGUAAAACCUUGCGCUUUGUCUUUGAAAUAGUCCAGAGGCUAAGCUUAUUGCAUUGAAACAAAUUAGAUAUAUUUCAGGUUUCUUUUCCAAAGUGAUAGUGUAGCAGUAUGGCCUCCAUUUAGCAGUAGCUAAGAUGUUAUGCAAUAAACGUGACACCGACCGAGCAGCGGUGUCUGCUGGUUACGCAAAGGGCUAGAUAUAGCCAUUUUAGCUGCAUUUAGCAUGAAGUUAGCUUGUUUUGUCAGUACUGUAUAGCAGUCUCAAACAAGGCGAAAUCGGACUCUCUUCCCCGCCGUUUAAGAUAUAUUUUAAACGUCAUCGCCAAGCAAUGGCUCUGAUGACAUCGGUAAGAAGACUAUUUCAUGUUUCGUUCCGAGAAAAUUCUCUACGACGAACAGAAGCACUCAUUUCAGCGACAAACACAACGUCGGGGAGCUUAUCAUUGGCCGGUCAGAGAAUGGCCAGUAUUCGUGUAAGGGAUUUUAGCACCAACACACAACCUCUUAGAGCUGACAAUAAGGUGACGGUCCACUUCAUCAAUCGAGAUGGAGAGAAGAUCUCUGUCAAAGGCUCUCCUGGAGACUCUCUCCUAGAUGUCAUUAUCGACCAGGACCUCGAUUUUGAUGGGUUCGGCGCAUGUGAGGGGACACUGGCCUGUUCUACCUGUCACCUGAUCUUUGAGGAAGACGUGUAUAAUCAGCUGGGCCCCAUUACUGACGAGGAGAUGGAUAUGUUGGACCUGGCCUACGGACUCACAGACACGUCCCGCCUGGGUUGCCAGAUCUGCCUGACCAGGUCCCUGGAAGGCAUGACAGCGAGGGUGCCUGAGAGUGUGGCAGACAUCCGACAGAGUGGAGACGGGUCCUCAUAACCAGAGUAAUAGAUGUACUGAAAUUUGCCCAAAUCAAUGCUUUAUUUCAACACUAGCAUGACCAAAUAAUACCCAAUUCUAAGUGGUAUGCUGGUAUAAAUGUUGAAAUGGAAGACACUGUAUUUAUACAGAUGAUGAGAUAUUAACAUUUGAAUGAGUCCCCAUCGUCACAGUUUUACAUUCACUUUAUACAGGGAACAAUGGGAAAGUUGGCAAAUAAUUCCUCUGUGCCAAGCAGGUUCUGGAGAAUAGAAGAAAGUUUAGGUGGAAGUCUCCAGUCAGCCCCCCCAGUCCUUAACGGUUGUGAAGUAGUAUAUACUGAACAGAAAUAUUAAUGCAACAAUCUCAAAGAUUUUACUGAGUUACAGUUGAUAUGAGGAAAUCUGUCAAUUGAAAUAAAUAAAUUAGGUCCUAAUCUAUGGAUUUCACAUGACUGGGAAUACAGAUAUGCAUCUGUUAGUUAUAGACAUUUUAUUAGAAAUGGGCCUCGGGAUCUCAUCACUGUGUUUCUGUGCAUUCAAAUUGCCAUCGAUAAAAUGCAAUUGUUUUUGUUGUCUGUAGCUUAUGCCCGCCCAUACCAUAACCCCACCGCCACCAUGGGGCACUCUGUUCACAAAGUUGACAUUAGCAAGCCGCCCGACCACACGAUGCCAUACACAUGGUCUGCGGUUGUGAGGCCGGUUGGACAUUCUGCCAAAUUCUCUAAAACAAUGUUGGAGGCAGCUUAUGUUAGAGAGAUGAACAUUCUAAUAUCUGGCAACAGCUCUGAUGGACCUUCCUGCGGUCAGCCUGCCAAUUGCAAGCUCCUUCAAACUUGGAGACAUCUGUGACAUUGUGUUGUGUGACGAAACUGCACAUAGUAGAGUGACCUUUUAUUGUCCCCCAGCACAAGGUGCACCUGUGUAAUGAUCGUGUUUAAUCAGUUUCUUGAUAUGCCACACCUGUCAGGUGGAUAGAUUAUCUUGGCAAAGGAGAAAUGCUCACCAACAGGGAUGUAAACAAAUGUAUGCACACAAUUUGAGAGAAAUAACCUUUUUGUGCAUAUGGAAGAUUUAUGGGAUCUUUUCUUUCAGCUUAUGAAACAUGGGACCAAUAUUUUACAUGUUGCAUUUAUAUUUUUGAUCUGUGUAGAUGUUCUCCAGUGAAUGUAAGGGGUUAUGAUGAUCACUUUCAUAGUCCACUACCUCCCUGGUGAGUACUUAGAAAUAACACAUUCAAAUAGUUGUUUUUUGUGCUAUUACCAAUUACCAAUACACAUGACCAAUUGUAUUGAAUUCUUUAAAAUAAGUACCAAGAAGUGCAGCUUGUCACCAUGUCGUUUCUGAGUAAAUACCAACUGAAACGGGAUUGUAAAGUCACCCAUCCAGACUUCAGAAUGACACCCAUUAAUAUGGCCAGAGGCAAGACUGGUUAGGAUGCCUUAUCUUGUCAUUUCUAUGGCCACCCUAGCCUUUGUUUUAUCAAGUUGUGUACCCUUACUGUCUUUAGUGUUGUCCUACCACUCGUGUAGCCAAAUAUUCAUUUCAUAUUCCACGUGAUUGUAAAUAGCAUUCAUCUGUGUAUAGUCAGAGAAAUGCUGUGUAAAAAUAGACUAUUUCUAAUUAGUCUGUCCCAUGUCCUGUUGUUGGCUCUAAAGAGAAACCACCCUCAAGGGAAUAUACUAACAUUAUGUAUUGCACAACCAUAGAAAAUUGAUCCUCCAACAUGUUCUUUAAUGAGAAAAUGACACACAGCAGGAAGGGGUAUUACUUCAGUCCUUCAUAUGCUUCACUCCUCUUAAUGUAUACUGAAAAUAUAAACGCUACAAUUUCAAAGAUUUUACUGAGUUAGUUCAUAUGAGGAAAUCUGUCAAUUUAAAUAAAUGAGGCCCUAAUCUAUGGAUUUCACAUGACUGGGAAUACAGAUAUGCAUCUGUUGGUCAGAUACUUUAAAAGAAAUGGGCCUCGGGAUCUCAUUACGGUAUUUCUGUGCAUUCAAAUUGCUGUCGAUUAAAAUGCAAUUGUGUUUGUU